GUAUAUUUUUAAUCGUAAACAGAGUCUCGUAAUGCGUGUCGUUAUUUCGUCAUUACUGUGAUGUUAUUACAAUUAUGUUAUGUAUGUGACACACGUCAGUCUGCGCUAGUCGGCCGUGUAGCCGGCAGUUUAAGCACCGACACUUUCCUUAACAUUUAAUCAUGUCGUCAGAUAAGGUGUUCCACUCGCGAUCGCAGGGCAUACCCUCAGAGGGGGUGAAGGAUCAGUACGCCGACGGGAAAGCAGCCAGGGUGUGGAAGAAGUACAUCGGAGACAGCAACCAGAGGACGAAGAACUACCGGGACUUCCUCACAGGCCUGCUCAGGAGACACGGAUGUAAGACGGUGCUGGACGUAGCCUGUGGGACGGGGAUCGACUCCAUGAUGCUGUUGGAUGAGGGCUUCAAGGUAGUCUCCGUGGACGCCUCAGAUAAGAUGCUGAAACACGCGCUGAAAGCUCGCUGGGAGAGACGGAGGGAGCAGAGAUACGAUGAGUGGGUGAUCGAAGAAGCCAACUGGCAGACUUUGCCGCAGGAUGUCGAACAAUUCAUGCCAGGAGUGCAGUUCGAUGCUGUCAUAUGUUUAGGGAACUCGUUCGCACAUUUACUGGACGAGUACGAGGACCAGAGGACACAGAAGAUGUGCUUGAGGAACUUCGCACAAGUACUGAAGCCCGGCGGCCUGUUGUUCAUAGAUCACAGGAAUUAUGACUCCAUGAUCAACAGGGGAGCCACGCCUGGACACUCUAUAUAUUAUAAUUGUAAGUACCCGGUUGACAUCAAGACCUCUGUGUUGGUGGUCCGCGGGAAGCCCGAGCUGGUGGCGCUGGACUACUGCAUCGACGCCAGGGAUGAGGAUCCGAAUGCCGAGAGAAGUGAAUUCCGCUUGUGUUACUACCCUCACGGCCUGGACGCCUUCACCCGUAUGUUAGACGCGGCCUUCGACGGUCGCGCACAGCACAACAUAUACGCCGACUUCCAGCCACUCGACAAGGUGCCCGAGCCCGCCUACUACAUACACGUUAUGCAGAAAAAAUAACAAAAACACAUAUAUGUAGCUACAUAUACAUAACGUAGAUUAAAACUAAUGUGUCAAAUCUUAUGCCAGAGAUACACUACACUUAAAACGCAACAAAAAUAACCGAUAUGAAACAAAUGUGACUGAUGCAUCUCUGGCCUUACAUUACAAUUCUACGAGUGACUUUAAGGCAAAAAUAUAUAUUGUUUUAGAGCCGUAAAUACACGAUUUGUUUAUUACUGAUAAAAAUAUUAAAAAAGAUUUUAUCAAUCAAAUUUAGGUUUUUACAGAGAGAGAUUAGAGUAUUUUGUGGCUACAAUCAUACUCCACGUUAGUUAUAAACUCCAUUUAUAAUUAUAAAUACAAAUUAUUAGUCAUUGUGAUUUAAACUCAAUGUCUUCCUCGAAAUGUUAAACAUUUUAUAGGAUUUUUUUUACUAAAAAAAUAACUUAAUGAAGUUACGAUUAAAUCGGAAUAUUUUGAUGCUCUUCAUUUUAUUUAUGAAUAACAAUACAUUUGUAUGAAUAUUUACAAUUUUAUAUAUACCUAUCUUUAAAUUGAUGUUAAUGUUUGUGCUCAAUGUUUAAACCAAAUAAAAUUUCAAUCCAUGA